GUGUGUGUGUGUGUGUGUGUGAGAGAGAGAGAGAGAGAGAGAGAGCGCAUACACUGCGCGUGGUGGUGUAAAUUAACGCUUCUUUCCAGAACCCAGAACCAGCCCUGGAAUUUUAUUUGAUCAGUCUUCCUAAACCAAACCGAGACACUGGGGUUGUCAUUAAUCAAAAUAUUCGGAACUCUUUUCCACACCAACAGUUUAAUUUUCACAGUCAUCGGUAACGUUAAGUCAUCUGGAAAUCCACGGACAAGUGACUGGCCGAAGUGCGAGAAGAGACGGAGUGAUGUUUUGGGAAUUUGUCCAGAAUGAUGACUGAGGAAUUAAAUAAUCUACUGCGUCAAAGGUUUGACAUUAUGGAAUGGACUCCUAUAUCAUAAAAGAAAAAAGCUCUUCUGAACUGACACAUGGUAAAAAUGGAGUCAUGGACAUUACUCCCUGCUCCCUCUAACCUUUCCUUUUUUGAGCCUCUUCUUUAUGACAGCUUCUUCCCAGUCAAUGAAUCUGACUUUAGCCCAGAUGAUUAUCCUCACAACAUCACUCACCAUGCCUUUGACCAGACAAGCUCUGUGGUUAUCACCUUUGUGUACUUUGUGGUGUGUGCUGUUGGACUCUGUGGCAAUGCACUGGUCAUGUAUGUGAUCCUUCGUUAUGCUAAGAUGAAGACUGUCACCAACAUCUAUAUCCUUAACCUGGCUGUUGCAGAUGUCCUGUGCAUGCUUAGCUUGCCUUUUAUUGCAAUUCAGCUAGCAUUGCUUCACUGGCCUUUUGGUGCUGCCAUUUGCCGUAUUGUCCUAACCAUGGACUCAUUGAACCAGUUCACCAGCAUUUUCUUCCUGACCGUGAUGAGCAUUGACCGGUAUCUUGCAGUGGUACAUCCAAUCAAGUCAACUAAAUGGCGCAAGCCACGAGUGGCCAAAACUAUCAGCCUUGCCAUGUGGGGGGUGUCACUGCUGGUUAAUUUGCCCAUUAUGAUCUUCAGUGGCCUGAACACUAAUAAGAAUGAGGCACGGACAUGUACUAUGCUGUGGCCAGAACCUCAAAAUACCUACUACACUGCCUUCAUUUUCUAUACCUUUUUAAUGGGCUUCUUUCUGCCGCUUAUUGUUAUUUGCCUGUGCUACCUGCUCAUCGUGAUAAAGGUGAAGUCCUCAGGGGUGAGGGUUUGCUCCAGCAAGCGAAAGCGUUCUGAGCGCAAAGUGACACGCAUGGUAUCCAUUGUGGUGGUCGUGUUUGUGCUCUGCUGGCUACCGUUCUUCAUGUUUAAUGUGGCAUCUGUGACUGGAACACUUAUACCUACACCUGUGCUAAAGAGCACCUUUGAUUUCGUAGUGGUACUGGGAUAUGCCAACAGCUGCGCCAACCCCAUUCUCUAUGCAUUCUUGUCGGACAACUUCAAGAAGAGCUUCCAGAAUGUUCUUUGCCUCAAGAGGGUGGGCGGCCUGGAUGAAAUUGAACGUAGUGACAGCCGGCAGGACAGGACACGGAUGGUGAAUGACAUCAUCACAGAGACUCAAAAUGCUGCCCUGCUUAAUGGUGAUCUGCAGACAAGCAUUUAGGAAUGGCCAGGAGAUCUGGAGUUACACCUAAAUGAUAACCAGGACUACUAUAACGGAUAGAAGAUCACUAUUCUUCAGUAUCAGAAAUUUAAUUCAUUCAUUCAUUCAUUCAUUCAUACGUAACGUUUAAAUCUGUUCAUUUACAUCCAAAUCCCAUUUACAAUAUUGACUAUGAAGGGGGAUGGUAUUCAAUUUGAUGAGGACUACUACCCAUUCUCUGGACACAUUUGUGAACACAUUUUGAGGAGACCUGAAUGUUCCAACAAAAAGAGGCCUCAGAGAAGUGAUUACCAUCAUGAAGAUACGUUGAGAAUGCCACUCAAUCACUGUAGAUAAAAACAUUUGUUUGCAUUGUGUUUCUGUGCACAACAGCUAUAACUGUUACUGUUUGUUCAUAUCUAUUGCUGAAAAAAGGUCAUUGACCUCAUAAGGUAAACAGAAAUUAGUUCUCAAUCGACACAAUAUUGGCCUGCAAAAAACCCUCAGUUAUGACAUUAAUACUUCACUGUAGAAGGAACACUAGAAGGACAGAAGUGUAAAAUGAAGAAUAAUGUUGUUGAAACAUGCCAUCCUUAAACAAAUAUCUGAAUAGAAUAUGAAUACCAUCCAGACCUGAGAAUUACACAUGUAAUCUUAAUAAUGUUUAAUAAACCCUAAUAAUAAAAUGAAAAAUCUAUUACUCAUCUAAGCUCAUUAUAGCAAACAUUUGGCAAUGUGCACCAGCAAAUUACAGAACUCAUUAAAAUUUAACGACUGCAACAGCAAAACAGCCUUAGGCAACAUAGUAUUAGCUUCAUAUGAAAUAAUUUUUCAUUUGUAUAUUAUAUGGGAAAUCAUUUUCCUGACACCACAUGGUUGUGACUUUCAGUUAUAUUUAUAUGACAUUUAUUUACUUAAACACAUCUAUGAGGUCAUUAGUAUCUAGAUGCUGCUGUGUUGUUUAUUUAGACAGGGUUUGCUGAACUUGAAAACAGAGAAAAUGAUUUAUAUUUGGGUGAUCAGUGAUACAGAAAAAUACAUUUUAAAUCGUUCCAUGAUUUUUAUUUAGGAAGCUACUAGAAAGUUGUUGGACAUGCCAGAUAACUUGUAAAGUUGUUGGACUUGCCAAAUAGAUCACAUGUCUUUGAGUGUCUUGAGACACAUUUUUGAGUCAUAUAUAAAUAGAGCCCUUUCUACUUGGUGAGAAAAAUAGAGGCUGUGGGCUAAAGUAAACUGAGGGUAUACUGUAUCAGUCUUUGACUGCAAUAUUUGAAAGAAAAUGGCAUCAUAUUUUAAAUAGAUUAAAUACUAUUAUGAUGAAUGGGCCACAGCUAAGCUGUAAUGUUAGAUGCUUAAGGACAAUUGGACAUGUAAUUUCCACUUUAGACAAUGAUACUGGCUAAUCCAUCAAAUGAGAUACACCAUUAAAUAAUUUUCCAGCACCGAAAAUAUUACACAUGAAUUCUGAAGAAGAUGUCAAGACUCGUAGUGGGGAAAUGCUCUGAAAUAGCUGGUGUGCUUGUGUUUAAUCAAAUGACUUUAACAAUGAUUCAUUAACGUGCCUAUAAAAUACUGUACAGAUAUAUAAAAGCAUUGAAUAUCAUAUAAAAGCAUUGAAUUUGUGUGUGAUUGUGCAAAUAUCUUAAGCCUGUUUAUCUAGACAGUGUUUGUUUAUCUGUCAAUAAUAUAGAGACAUAGAAUAUUAAGAAAUUACAUAGCAUAAAUACUAUAAAUGUAACAGGAAUUUACUUUUAUUAUUUAAAGUUAUUGAUGUAAGAUCAUGUUAAAUAAGUAGGGGAACAUGGGUUUGUUUCUUGGAGGUAGUCCAGCUAUUUCAUGUAUUUAUUAAAUUCACUGGCUAAAUCAGGUGUGUAUGUGGCAGAAUGUAAGAAAUUAGUGUUUUAGAUUGUGAACAUUUUAAAAUAUUUUUCUAAAUAUGAUGUAAAAACUGUAAACUGAAAAAAAGAAUCAAAUUGAAUAAGUUGGACCAGAAAAUGGUGUGGAAGACCCACAAAGAUGUCUACAUCUUAAUGGCCAAUAGAAUUAAGGGAGAGAAGGACACCAAGGGCAGUGCUGGCAAAGAUAAGUUUUGAAGGACUGGUCUUUUUUUGUAAAAAUAAAUAAGUAAAUAAAUAUGACAAGUAGAACCAGAAAAUAUUGUGGAAUUAUGGGUCUAUGUGAGAUUAUGUUGAGGUAAUGGGUUGGAUCUCUCAUCACAUUGGAUCUUCUAGUAAGACCUUACAGCACCAGACAACUUCAAAUGCACUGUAAACAUGUUUAAAGCAGUAGUACUGAACUUUUGCCUUCUCUGUGUUUGAAACAUUAAACUGCAAGUUACUUGCGGAGUUAUUUUUAAUUUUUUUACGUGGGUUGUGCUUCAGCACUGCUCCACUGUGCGGAUGAAUCUGAUGGUUUGAGGUAGUUGGAUGGGUUGUAUAUUAGCUUCAAUACUUGACAACAGAGGUGGCGGAGGAUACAGUUUUCUUGGAGUAGAGGUGAGUUGCUCUCUCUCAUAGAUAGCAGAAAAUAAGUGCAAUUUACCACACUGACCAUAGCAAACAUAAAACAACAACAACAAAAAAACAACUUAGGAAACUUGAUACCUAGCUGAUUCAAGUGAACAAGUGUGCUAAUGUUAGCUAGCUACCUACUGAGCCACUGAAAUAUCUUACCUGUUCAGCAGAAAAAAGCCAUUUCUGCGUCAUUCUUCAAUCCUUUCAGAUCUCAGAGUUUUCGCCACCUCACAAAAGCCAUGCCGAUAUUUAUUCUCGUUUUAGCACAGGGUCUGUUACUUUCCCUUUUUGACUGCAGGCUCUCCCCAGUUCUAGGUUUCUUGGUUGUAACAGCAGCUGAUUCCCCAGAUGUCAACGAUGAUCGCAUUUAGAACUAUGCAGAUUAAAGCAGCCAUCUACAUGACAAGUUUAAAUUCUAAGCAACUGUUGUAAGGACAAGCUACAAACACCAACAUCCUCAGACCCUCACACACGCAAUAUGUUAGCCAUCUCUUUUUCUUUCUGUUUAUGGACACGACGUAAUGUAAAGGUCUAGUGACAUCAAAGACCACGCUAAUGACCUCAAACUGACGUUUCCCGCAAAAUCCGACCCAGCAACUCAAAUUAUAAAUCAUUAUUAUAAGCUUACCGUUGCGAAUCGGGGUAAGGAAAGGAGACAGUUUUUAACACUGAUUUUUUUCCACAUAUUCACUCAAUAAUUAAUUUUUGUUCAUUUUUAACCAAAAAAAAGCUUGAUACUGCAGCUUUAAGCAAAGGUUUAUGCACAAAACUGUGUAGAAUCAUUCAGAUAGCAAAAAGCAGCCAAGGGAUAUAGUUAUAGUUAUCUGGCUGCUUUUUGCUGUCACAGUUUGUUCAUGAUGUUUGGAAAUAUUUACCACAGAGCAGGGUUCAGUCCUUUAAAAAGCACAAGAAAUUCAAGUCAUAUUAUAGUAUUAUUUGUACCUAGUUGCAUUUUGUGGGUUUUAAGCAAGUAAACAGUUUUCCUUAUUAGAAUUCAAAAAAGUUUAGAAUAAAAUACGAAUGUUCAACAGGUGGCCUACAAAUUUUACACACAGAAUGGUGUGUGUGUAUUUGUGCUGUAUAUUUAUCCUGUAGAUAUCUAAAGCUGCUAAAAUGCAGAUGUAAUCAAAACCCUCUAACUGAGGAACGUUAAACGUGUACAUAAGGUAGAACAAAUUGUUUUUUUUUUUUUUUUAAGUAGAAUAAAUGUGUCCAGGCCACAGGCUGAUUGAGUUGUUCAAGAAGCCAUAUGUGCUUGUUGAACAUCCCAUUCGAGCCCCACAUUUACUUAUACAAUAACCUCCACUCUUUGGACACAUUGGAGACUGAUGUCAGGCGAGAAGCCCUGGGGUGCAGUCUGCAUUAGGACUGAGGUCAAGGCUUUGUGCAGGCCACUCAAGUUCUUCCUACACAUCAUUGUGUCAUACAGGUUUUGUGGAGGAAACAAAAGAACACUUUAGGGUUUAACUUUUACUAAAGAAAAUUCUAAAUACAACACACAUUUUUAACCCCAUGCUGACCUCUUUUAAAUGGUCAUUUCAGUUCAAUUCAAUUUCAAUUAAAUUUUAUUUGUAGUAUAGUAUAAUACUACUAAUAAUAGUACAGUGUAAUAGUAAACAAAUAGUAUAAUUAUAAAUAGAUCCCUUCUAUAAAUGUGCUAAUAGUACAUGUUCAAACAGUGCAGUUGUGUAACCAGUAAAAUUCAUUACAGUUUUACAUGACGUCUGUUUUGUUGAACCUCUCCACUGUUCACUGAUGGAGACUUGAGCGCAAAACUAUUUGUGGCAAUUGCAGUGCUGAGGCUAUAAUGGCAAUUUGUAGUCCUGGACAUUAUAGCAUAACAGUUCACAAGUUGAGGUCCAAAGCCAUCCCCAUGGUCUUUAAGUGGCACCAACCUCAGCAAUUCCAGUGAUCCAGUGUGGGGCUAUCCUUAGCAGCAGCAUGUAACUUCCAAGUGAGGAAAACUCCAACCAGAAGUAGGACAUCAGGAUGGAUCAGGCAGGUCUGGAGAGCAGAAGGGGUCAGGAUCACUGGCAUCUCAGGAGUAUCACGUGUAGCUCAACAGAAAGAGAAAGGGAAAGAGAGGGAGAGAGUAUUAGGUAUAUAUAUUAUCACAGAAUAGUUAAAGAAAAUGUACUAUGCAUGAGUGCAAGCAGGGACUCUGGCAAGACUAGCUAUGACAACAUAACUAAAAGGCAGAGCCAGGAGGCAACAUAGACACGAGGCGCCCUGGGACAUAAUGACAUAAUGACUAUGACUUCUUCUGAUUCAUAAUCUGAGAUGAAAUAUCAAUAAUGAUAGAGUUUAUGUUACAUUCAGCUAUAAUGACAGACAAACUCAUCCACAAUAAAUCAACAAAAGCAGAUGUGCAAUGACAAAAAAAAAAAAAAAAGCCAAAUGGCAAUACAAGAAAUUACAAAAACUCAUUUUACUUUAAAUUUAAGUUGUACUGUCUGACAAAUUCACAGGACAUAAAAAAAAUAGAGGCAUUAAAAAAUAACACCAAAAACACUUCAUUCAUUUUAGUUAGAAAGUAUAAUACAUAAGUAUAAUGUAUAAUGAAUAAUACAUUCACUCUCAUAAUUCUCAUAUAUAAACAUUUGCAACAUUUUUUUUUCACCUAUAUUUUGUAUAGUAUUUCAAAAUGUUUAAAAGGACUGGUGAGAAAUAAUAUUUCCUAGACACAUUAAUCAUAGCUACCCAAAAUGAAAUCGAAAAUUCUUCUCCUACAACAGCAGCAAUCUAAAAUUCUAAAUAUCAUAUUUAGAAAAUACAUUCUUUUUUAUUUACGUUUUUUUAAUUAUUAUUAAUUGCUCAUAGUUUUUGACCAUUUGGUUUCUUGUGAUGAUAAAUGAACACUUGGUAUAAAGUGUUUGUCUCUUAAAACUUUUGUUCUCAAGAAUAUAAACUUUUUGCUUGUGACUGUUUUAAAUGUAAUGCGGCUAAAUGGCUCCCUCUGUUGCCUGAUUUGGUGUACUCGUGGUUCUUCUCCUGAUUAAAAAAUGAAUAAACAAACAAACAAACAAACAAACAAACAAACAAAUAAAUGCAUUUAUUAUUAUAAUUAUUGUUGUUGUUGUUGU